UUUAAAUACCGACUGAAAUUCAAAAGGCACUAAAAUGAAAGUGAAAAAUUUAAGGGUAAAUCCUUUUAGCCGUGUACAAGAAGAAAGUGAUGAAGCAAUUCCGAGUACAUCUGGAAACACCAAAUCGUCAGAGGUUAGCUUACCAUCUGACAGCAACUUUAAUCACAUAAAAUGUAAAGCAGUACGAUAUAAAAAGUCUCAAAAGUUACUGCAAGCGAAAGCAAAGGCCAAGAAAGAGGCAAAGAAAAAAAGAAUUGAAGAAGGGGCACCAAAACAGGUACCACACACUAUUGAAAGUUUAAGGGAGAAAGAUGAAACUACGAUUAUUGGAAAUCUUGAUGAUGAGGAAAAUCAAGAACUUAAACUUGAUUUUGAGCAUGAUGAAUUUGCAUCGUAUUAUAAACAUUCAUAUGAACCCAAAGUCUUGAUUACUUAUUGUGACAAUCCAACAAGGAAAACUAGAAUCUUCGGCAGAGAAAUGACAAGGAUGAUACCGAAUUCCAUUUCUUUAUACAGGAAUAGAUCAGGAGUGAAAAAAAUGGUGAAAAGUGCUAUUGCUAGAAAUUUCACUGACAUUGUUGUUAUUAAUGAAGAUCAAUGCAAACCAAAUGGUAUGUUAGUCAUUCAUUUACCAAAUGGACCAACAGCAUACUUUAAACUCAGUAAUGUUAAAAUAACACCAGAAUUAAGACGUAGUCACAAGGAGAUUACAGAGCAUAGGCCAGAAGUUAUUUUAAAUAAUUUUACCACUCGCUUGGGUUACACAAUUGGUAGAAUGUUAGGAGCCUUAUUUCAUUAUCAACCAGAGUUUAAAGGCAGAAGGGUUGUCACAUUUCACAAUCAAAGAGAUUAUAUAUUCUUUAGGCAUCAUAGGUAUCAGUUUGAUUUACAGAAGGGAAAAGCUAAAUUAAGAGAGUUGGGACCAAGGUUUACUCUAAAACUGAAAUCUUUGCAACAUGGAACUUUUGAUAGCAAGUAUGGAGAAUAUGAAUGGCUUAUACAAGGUAGAAGACAUGAUAUGGAAACUAGUAGAAGAAAGUUCUUCUUAUGAGCUUCAUUAUUUAGUAUAAAUACAUUAAAGAAUGUGUGCUUUAUUAUAUUAAA